AUGGAGCCGGUAAAGGUCUCAGAUGGCGAGCUGCAGCGUGAGUCCUACUCGGACGCCGACUUUGCCGCUGAAAAUUCUGACCGAAAGUCCCUGACCGGUGAAAUCGUUCGUCUGAACGGGAUGCCGGUGAGACAGACGGCAAAGAAGCAGGAUGGAGUCACACUUUCCACCAUGGGGCGGAGUUUGUCGCUGCGUCGGAUCAAGCGCGAGAGCUGCUUGGUAUCAGGAGGGUUCUUUUCGAAAUAG